GGGAUGAAGGCGCAGACAACCAAAGUCGAGAUGAAAAAGGUCCCUUCCUCUCUUUGCCGUUGGAUUCCCACUUUGCCUCCCUUCCUUCCUCCUCGGUCCUCACUGCCUCCUCUCUCUCUUUCCCUCUACGAUCAGCCAAUGGGGUCGCUCUGCCCAGCUUCUGCCGUGUGGUCUGUCGGCUCCUGAUCUCGCUUCCCUCUCCGGUGCUGCCGGAGACAGCGUUCUCUUCCGUGUAAUGAUUGCCCACCUCUUUGAAAAGGGUCCGCAUGUGCCUCUCUAGAAAAAAAAUUAAAAAACUAUUCUUUUUCGCAGCCAGAGAUCCUGUUUCAUUGAGGUUUCUCCUCUCGUAGAGUUUUUUUACUUUUCAGUGAAAGAUUUGAUUUUUGGUAGUGUGGAGUCUAGAACGAGUUAGGGUUUCGGAACGAGAUCUGAGCCAAAAUUGAGUGACUUUUGUUUUUCCUGACGACUACUGAAAAUUGUCGGGCAUUUUUUUUUUUUUUUCUGUUUUGAAGUGCUUGAGUGAUGGUUUUUGAGAGAAGCAGAGGAGAAUAUAAAUAGGGAAACGAGUGUGUGACUACUGACAGUUAGAAGGGAACCUCGGUUAGAAGAUGGGUGGAAGCGAGACUGAUAGCAAGGUGCCAAAAACAUCUGCUUCGCAGGAGCAGCCACCAGCUACAAGCUCCAGCAACUCUGCAGCAGCCUACCCAGAUUGGCCUGGAUUUCAGGCAUACUCGCCGAUCCCUCCGCCUGGUUUCUUCCAUUCCCCAGUGGUGUCAAGUCCUCAAGCUCAUCCCUAUAUAUGGGGACCUCAGCACCUUAUGCCACCUUAUGGUACACCUCCACCUCCAUAUGUGAUGUAUCCUCAUGGAAUAUAUGCACAUCCAACAAUUCCACCGGGUUCACAGCCGUUCAGUCCCUAUGGUCUGCCUUCUCUAAAUGGAAAUGCUGAAGUUUGUGGAAAUAUACCUCCUAGUGCUGAAGGAGAUGCGAAAUCAUCUGAGGGAAAGGAAAAGAUACCAAUUCGAAGAUUGAAGGGAAGUCUUGGAAGUUUGAAUAUGAUAACAGGACAAAACAACACCGACAUGGAUAAGCUAUCAGGAGGAGCUAAUGGAGUCUUAUCUCAUGGUGAUAGUGGAAGUGUAGAUUCAAGUGAAGGCAGCGAUGCUAAUUCUCAGGAUUCGGAACCAAAGACAGGUGGCACACAGAAGCCUUUGGAUGAAACAACUAGGAAUGGCACAACUUCCAUAGAUACUACACCAUCACACACGAUAUCAUAUCCGACAAUGCCAUUAAUGCCUAUGUUAGCCACUGGAGUGCCUGGAGCUGUUCCUGGUCCUACGACAAACUUGAAUAUAGGAAUGGACUACUGGGUUGCUCCAGUUUCGUCUGCCAUAGCUCCAACUGGGAAGAUUUCUGCUACAGCAGUCACAGGAUCAACAAUCCCUGGCACACUUGUCGGAGAUGAAAGAGAACUAAAGAGGCAGAGACGGAAGCAGUCAAACAGGGAAUCAGCACGUCGUUCUAGGUUGCGCAAGCAGGCAGAAUACGGAGAACUGGCUCAGCAUGUGGAUGUUCUGAAAGAGGAGAAUACAACUCUUAGAGCCGAACUCGACAAUGUUAAGAAAGAAUACGAUGAACUUCUUACCCAAAAUGCUUCUCUUAAGGAGAGAAUGCAAGGAAAAGCCAGAGGACUAUCUUCAGUAAUCAAUAACAUCCAGAUCGACUUAGAUUCCGAUCCACAAUCUGUGAAGUCAGACUGUAAGCAGGGUGAUCACUAACCUGCUUCAAUAACAUCAACUGAACUUAACCCUAACUAAACCAUGACAGCAUCUCUGACUCAUAGCGGAGUAGAUAAUCUGAUGCGGGUUACUUAUUUCAUUCACUGCAUCAUCCAUGUCGUCAAUACCAAAUGCGGAUUUGCCUCGAUUGAUCUUUUAGCAGUCAAGGCAGAGCAUAAGCAAGCUGGCUCAUCAUUUAAGACUGAAGCCAUGUAGUUUUAUUCAUACCGAGUGAGAUUGUAAUUGCGAGUGACCAUGCAACCUGACAUGUUCGAUAUGAUAUUACGAUCGAGAAGUAGAAUUACUAUCAGCUACUGACUCGAUUUAUCCAUUUUAUUAAGUGUGAGCUUUUCGUAAA